AUGGCGCCUGCCGCCUCUCCCUCGGAGCGCGAUCCUGAGCGCGUCGGACCACACCCGUCCUACAUCGAGAUCGCGAAGCCCUACAUCCUGCAGUCGCGCAUGCAGAAAUGUCUCACAGAGAUACAUAUGAGCGAUGCCAAGGAGGAUGCCGUGCGCCUGCAAGGCGUUGCCUGGAUAGAUCAAGUCCGGCGCGCGCUGCAGCUGCCUAUCCGUACCUUCAACACAGCUGUGAUCUACUACCAUAAGUUCAGGCUAUUACAUGCGGACAAUGAGUACAACUGGGCCGACGCGGCAGCUGCUGCACUCUUCACAGCCUGCAAAAUUGAGGAUACGUUAAAGAAGAGUAGGGAGAUUCUUUGCGCCCAUUGGAACCUCAAGGUUGGGCCUGGUGAGAGCCUAAGCAGCGAUGAUCCGCGCUUCGAUAACCACUCCAAGCUUAUCAUCGGCCUCGAACGUCUCAUGCUCGAAAGCGCCGGCUUCGAUUUCCGCAACCGAUACCCCCAAAAGGUCAUGGUCAAGCUUGCCAGAGCUCUGCGAUUCGACGCGAAAGACGAGGCCAAAACAACUUGGAACCUGAGCAUCGAUUCAUACAGGACGUUUGCACCGCUGAAGCAGUCUACGCCGACUUUGGCUAUUGCAUGCUUAGAGCUUGCCGCACGGUUGCACGGGAAGGAUGCCGCCAAGUUCGUGGAUGCAGGACCUGUGAGAUACCACAAGUGGGCUACCAGCCGGGCAGAGGUUAUGGAGACGCUUCUCGAUAUGCUCGAUCUGUACACCCAUCACCGCAGCGCCACUUCGGUUGGACCCUCCUACACACUCGAACACUUUAUCAACAUCCGCAUUGGACUCAACCAGGAGGCUUCAGCAGCGCACAUCCCACGUUACUCUCAGUACAAGUCUGAGCAAGCCGCCGACCCAGAAGGCACAGCCAACGGUGCCAAGCCUCGCAAUGGCAUCGACCCUACCAGUCCACUUACCCCAGCCACCCCCGUCGCACUCUCGCCUGGCGCAGACCAAGCACCCAAGUCCGCAAUCGGCAUUCGUGGUCAGAACGGCACGGUCAGGUUCAUGUUGGACGCUGCCCGUGCGCACGGUGAGCGCGCCGAAGUUGAGAAGUUCCACAAGGUCGAAGAAGAGGAGUAUGAGGUAGAGGUGCCGAAUGACCCUAGGGCAGAUGAGAGGGAGAGAGAUAGGGCAAGAGUUGGAAGAGACUCCAUCGGCAGUACCGAUGACUGGUACAGUGGUCCAGUCGCAGUUGGUGAUGCGAGGGAUGGUGCGAGCAAUCAACGCGAAGGAGGGUAUUGGGACAGAUUUCGCCAGCGCUCGGAAGAGGCAUCGCUUGCUCGGCCAGCUGCUCACGUGGAAGAGAACGUCCACCCAUCGAGAAGGGCCGCCAACUUCGACGACAUUGACAAGGGCAUCAUACAACAAAAGGCCAAUGACGAUGCUGUGACUUCGUUCCGCGACAGGAACUCAGAAGAUGGAGCACAUAGCAAACGAUCACGGAAACGCCCUCAUGCACAGAAGCGGAAAAAGCUGGCCAAGCGGGGCGAUGUCAGUGAUGAUGAAGAAGACGCUCAUCGAAUGGAGGCAAGCUACGAGCGACAUCCGCGAAAGCCAUCAGAUUUAUCCCACGACGAAGCAGAUCACCAGCGGGGCUUUGACCAGACCGAUCGGUUCACACCUCCGCAUGACCCCCGAGAUGGCCGCCUAAAUUUUAGCCACCGAAGCCGUGAUAGCACACGUGGAGGCAAGCGCCGCGGAAAGGGAGAACACUACCAUGAGGCAGGUCACGGCAGCCGCAACCGGAAAGAUUCGACACCUCCCUUCCAAGAUGGAUACCAGAAUCGUUCCUACUGGCGUGAAGCGCAAGUCGCUGAAGCACAAGGCAAGGACGACACGUCACCACAGAGAACUGUGAUGCGCAACACUUCCGAAGAGCGUAACGAACCAGGACGACUAGCAACAUUCAUUCAUCCGGAUCGCAUGGCGCAAGUCUCGCCAGAACCAGAGCAUAGUCGGACUACCAGGCCCCAGGCACGCAGCGAGGCACUUCCUGCGGUAGAUGUCAAGAAUAAGCAACCAACUAGCACGAACAAGGCACUCUCCGCGAAUGAUGGGCAUCAGUGGGCAGGUACUGGCAGUGAGAACAGCAAUGUCAGAGGAAGAGGAAGAGGUAGGGGCAGAGGCAGAGGCAAGGCAAGGGGUGGAAGGGGUGGCUAUCGUGGAGGUAGAGGCAGAGGCGGCAGCUCGGACGAAUGA